AUGGCUUCCGAUAAGGUUCUGAGCAUGGAGGAGGUGGCCAAGCACAACACCAAGGACGACUGCUGGGUUGUGCUGUAUGGCAAGGCCUACGACUUGACCAAGUUCGCCAAGGUCCAUCCCGGAGGCGCCAAGCUCAUCACGGACGCUGCUGGGAUGGAUGCCACCGCCAUCUUCGAUCCCAUCCAUCCCAAGGAUAUCAUGGACAAGCUGCUGAAACCCUCCUUGACCAUGGGCGUCGUGGAUGCAGCCACCAUCAAGCCGGAGCAUGUUGCCAAGCCUCCUGAGGCACACAAGCCAAAACCCAAGAAGAAGGCUGUGAAGGCUGACGCGGCCGAGGAGGAGAUCGAGGAGUUCAAGAAGCCUCCUCUGGCGGCGAUGCUGAACAGCUUCGACUUUGAGUCGGUGGCACGCGAGGUUAUGGAGCCUCAGGCCUGGGGAUACUACUCCAGUGGAGGUGAUGAUGAGAUCACACUGCGUGACAACCACUUGGCCUUCCAGAGGAUCACCAUGCGCCCCCGUAUUUUGGUGAACGUCCGCGAAAUCGACAUGACCACGAAGAUCCUGAACGUCCCCGCGGCCCUGCCAUUGUACUUCACUGCCACCGCCUUGGCGAAAUUGGCCCACCAGGCAGAUGAAGCGCGGGGAACGAUGAAGGAGGGUGAGCUGGCAAUUGUGAAGGCCGCCAAGAAGGCGGGGGUGCCCUACAUGCUGCCAACUUUGAGCUCCUACACCUUGGACGAGAUGUUGGAAGCUCGGGCUCCUGACCAGGUGGUGUUCUCUCAGCUCUACGUGAAUCCUGAGAGGUCCCGAACGGAGGAGUACGUCUCCAAGCUUGAGAAGGCAGGCGUCCAGGCAUUGUUCGUGACCGUGGAUGCUCCUCAGCUGGGACGUCGUGAGAAGGACAUGCGCAACAAGUUCACUCAGCAGGGCUCCGAUGUGCAGGGUGAUGAUGAGGAUGAAGGCGCAGUGGACCGUUCCCAGGGAGCCACUCGUGCCAUCAGCAGCUACAUUGACCCUGGCCUCAACUGGGAGGACGUGCCAUGGCUCAAGAAGAUUACCUCCAUGAAGGUGCUCCUGAAGGGUGUGCAGUGUGGAGAGGAUGCCGUUGAGGCCUUCAAGGCUGGUUUGGCUGGCUGCGUCCUGUCCAACCACGGUGGACGUCAGCUCGACACCUGCCGUCCUGGCAUUGAGGUGCUGCCUGAGGUCAUGGAAGCCUUGAAGGAGGCAGGCGCUACCAAGGAGAACUUUGCCGUUUUCAUUGAUGGAGGUGUCCGUCGUGGUGGCGACAUCUUCAAGGCAGUUGCUUUGGGUGCGCAGGCCUGCGGUGUGGGCCGUCCUGUCUUGUACUCCCUGGCCUCGUACGGCCAGAACGGCAUCGUGCGCAUGGUCCACAUGCUGCAGGACGAGUUGCAGAUGGUCAUGCGCUUGGCUGGCACACCAAACAUCCCAUCCAUCACUGAGAAGCACGUGAUCACCACCAACCUGGCUGACCACAUCGUGCCACUCCCCGUGGACAACCUCACCAUGAAGACCUACCAGGGCUUGGAGCCAGCAGCCAAGCUUUAA